AUGUCUCCGCCGCCAGGAAAACAAGGCAAGUCAUUUAUUGCUCUCUUGAUAUAUGUUGACGAUAUUUUAAUUACCGGGAAUGAUCCUGUUAGCAUUGGUACAACUAAAAAAUUUCUGCAUAGUCAUUUUCAUCUAAAAGAUCUUGGUAAUUUAAAGUACUUUCUUGGUAUUGAGGUAUCUACUUCUAAGAACGAAAUUUUUAUUUCCCAACAUAAGUAUGCAUUGGAAAUCAUUAAGGAUGCAGGGCUGUUAGGUGUAGCUCCUAUUGAUACUCCAGCAGAACGAGGCUUGAAAUUAUCAGACAAGAGUGACUUUCUUAAAGAUUCGAGUCAAUAUAGAAGAUUAGUCGGCAGGCUAAUUUACUUGACUGUUUCGAGGCUGGAUAUGACAUAUGUUGUACAUGUCCUGAGUAGAUUUAUGCACCAACCUUGA